CAGACGGUUUGCGCGCCGCAGACCACUGAGAAAGAGGUCCAGUGGAUUUCUUGCUCGGCAGACAAGUCAGAACUUUUGGGGAUGGACUCAUUCCGAGCUGGCCGGGUGGUCGAUGUGCUUUCCCAUUCGCUUCCCUUCGCAGUUUCCGCUCGGCACUGCUGCAGCCCUUCGGUGUUCACGCGCGGAAAGAAAGUGAGAACCUCAUCAUUCAGCAUUCGUUUCGGCUCCUCCGCGACCUCCGCAUAAUCUUCAGGGCGCGCUGAGUCUUUCCGAAGCCAUGCCGCCCAGGCAAAAGUCGACCAGCAAGAUCUAUGAAUACUCAGGACUGGAAGAAGGGACGAACCUUAAGGUGGAGUCGGACGGCACGUACUAUGCCGCGGAGGUCGUGGCGGUCUCCACUUCGAAGGGCCGCGCAAAGGCCCCCGUCAAGGUGUCUUACAAGGGCUACGAGGGCUACGACGAGUGGGUUGGUGGAGAUCGGCUCCGAUCCAGGGCCCUGAAGGUGGUGACGCCCGAGAAGGCCGCGGCCAAGCCCAAAGCCCUGGCCGCGGGCGACGUCCGGCUGCAUUACUGGCCAGCGCGGGGGCGCGGGGAGCAGGUGCGACUUGCGCUCGCGGCCACGGGGACGAGCUUCGAGGACGUGACGUUCGACAUGGCAGACGACGCAGCGAAGACCGCCUUCUUCGAGAAGUGCAGGGAGCUGGGCGGCAACCUCACAAACAAUACUCCGAUGCUGGAGCUCGGCGGUAAGUUCUACACGCAGUCGACCGCCAUCGUCAAGUUCGUGUGCGCCCGCGGCGGCCUGGUGGCGAGGCGCGGUACCUACGAGGUGGACAACAUCAUCGCACACGUGGAGGACCUGCGCCCAAUCUGCUACAAGACCAUCAAGUUUUUGGGGGGUGUCAUGGAGAAGGAGGAGUUUGUGGACAAGUCAGAGAUGCACUUGAGAAACCUGGAGCGCCUUCUGGGAGAGAAGCAGCAUUUUGUGGAGAACAGAAUGACGGCCGCUGACAUCUGCGUCUACGACCUUCUUGACACCAUGAUAGAGACGCAGGUCCCAGGACAUUUGGCCUCCAACUUCCCGAGGUUGGCGGCAUUCCGGGAGCGUAUGGGGCAGGUGAAAGGAAUCGCGGCGUACCACGUGACCGAGCAGCACAAGAAGCUCUUCGCCUUUCCCGCCAUAUGAACGAUCCGUGGGAGUCCAGGUGCGACUUUCAGCACGCAUGUGGGACCGUCCUCGCUUCCCAGCCUUCGAGUCCUGCCAGAGGCCAGGGGAAACGUCUACAGCUGCUGGCGUCGGAGGGCGGUGGAUGGGUCGAAGGAAGGGGAAGAGAACGGGGAUGCGUAGAAGCGUGAGCCGGGGAAUACGAAGAGGGGCCCCAGAUAUGCGAUGUCUUAAUUUUUUCAAUCUUGAGACCUCCGGAAGUCCUGCCCCUUCUCACCUGGGCCGGCUUUCCAUCCUGGGGCGUCUUCUGGCGGCCCCCCGGAGCCCGGCGAGGGCCCCCCGGAGGGCCAGGAGAACGGCCAGGACCACUUCCCGCCAUGCUUCUUGUCGCG